GAGCGCGGAGCCAGCGGAGCGCGGAGGCCCCAGCGCCAGCACCCGCACGGGCGUCCUCGUGCAGCUUAGUGGUGCAGUGGCAGCAGCAUGAGCACCCCCCGGCCUGCUCCACCACAGCCAGGCACUGCUGAUGGGGCUGGAGGCCCAGCAGGGAAGGCUGUGGCGGGUGUCCGGGAGAAGGGCCCUGGACUGGGCCAGCGGCUGCCCUCAAUCGUGGUGGAGCCCAGCGAGGCGGACCCUGUGGAGAGCGGGGAGCUGCGCUGGCCCCUGGAGAGUGCCCAGAGGGGCCCCUCUCAGAGCUGGGCUGCUGCUGCCUCCUCACCGAGUCAGCCCGGAGAGCCAGGGAAAGCUGCAGAUGAUGCUAGCAGCGAGUGUGCCUGCUCUGAGGACCCAGCAGCCCCGGCCCGGGGAUAGGACAGGGACGUGGCUGGGCUCUGCUGUCUGACUGCUGAGGGCCUGUGCCCCAGGGUGGCCGGGCUGAUGCACAGGAGGGCCAGGCCUGCCCAGCCGGGAAAGCCCAGAGGCUGCUUCCUGUCUCACCGGGUCUGGCCAGGACCGCAGCCCUGCCCUGUCCUGCCCAUGGCCCAGGUCUGGAUCACAUCCCGCCUUGUUCCGUGGUUUGAAGCAGAAAUAAAGGCAC